AUGGAGUCGGCGGAGGGUUUCAGGAUAGUGCGCGCCCGGGCGUCGGACCGCGACCGCGUGGAGCGGCUGGCGAGGACCGCCUUCUACCCGGACGAGCCGCUCGACGUGGCGUUCGGCAACACCAGAGGACCGCCCACCGAGGAGAUUCUCUUCCUGUCGGCGCUCGGCGACGGCCACUCAUUAAUCGCAGAGGAUGCCAGCACCGGGGAGGCCGUGGCCAUGUGCAUCAACAGCAUCGUGACGCCCGAAAUACACGAGAAGGAGGCGCAGCUGCAGGUGCGCGAUGAGAAGCUACGCGCGGUGCUGCGCGUGGUAGAUGCGGCGUUGAGAGAGGCGGACGUGUGGUCGCAUACGACUGCUCGGAGCGCGCUCGAGGUGCACAUCCUGGCCGUGGCGAGAUCUGCGCGCGGCCGCGGUCUGGCGGCGGCGCUGCUGGCGGAGUCGCUGCGGAUGGCCAAGGAGGAGCUGCGGCUGCCACUGGUGAUGAUCUUCUGCACCAGUGCCUUCUCCGCGAGGCUGGCGCGCCGCGCGGGCAUGCAAGUCGUCUACGAGCUGCCGUACAGCCAGAUCGACAUGCCUGUGCAGCCCCCACACCCACACGACAGACUCGCCAUUUACAUGCUGCACCUCCAGCAAUAA